AUGAACGAGUGUAUAUUGGAGACAUCUUAAAUGCUUCCAAAUACUAAAACUAGAAUAGAAAAUGCUCUUGAAGAUCUUAAAAAUUUUAUGAGUGAGCACGAGGAAAACGAUGAAAUGAAGACAACUGAGGAUUGGCAGACAGCUGAACAAACUCUAGCUGAAGUCAUGGCAUUUGUUGAGUCUAUUUGA